AUGACACCAACUAGGUCAUCCUCCUCCAGAUGGGCGCGCCUACGCACCGCUGCCCUCUCCACCCUCCUCCUCUCCUCAACCUUCACACAAGCCUUCUACCUCCCAGGAGUCGCGCCCGCAGAGUACAAGGACAUGGACGCCGUGCCCCUUAUGGUCAACGCCCUUACGCCCGGGUCUGAUUCUGAACUCAAGUCUGUGAUCCCUUACGACUAUUAUGAUCCGAUGUUUAACUUCUGUCAGCCCGAGGGUGGACCACGGGCACAGCCGGAGAGCUUGGGGAGUAUUUUGUUUGGUGAUCGGAUUUGGGAUUCUGCUUUCAAGAUCAACAUGCGCGCCCCAGACAAGUGCAGGGAACUCUGCAAGCGCGAGGUGACCCCCGCCCAAGCACAAUUCAUCAACGCCAGGAUCAAGGAGAAUUAUGUCACAAACUGGUUGAUCGACGGCCUUCCAGUAGGACACCUCCGUGGAUCAAGAAGCAAGGACCAGGAGAAGCAGUUGUAUUCGAUCGGGUUCCCGCUGGGUGUUGACGCGGGGAAUGAGGCUCCUUGGUUUAAUAACCAUUAUGAGAUCGAGAUUGAUUAUCACCAUAAUCUGCAGAAGGAUACCUUGCGCGUAGUUGGGAUUACUGUUGAUCCUAUUAGUGUUUUGGAGGCGGUGGAGGAUACAGAGUCGUGCGGUACCAAGACAGGAGAGAGGAUGCCCCCCAUGAUCCUGUCCGAGAAGGCCACUACCUUGGUCACCUACACAUACACUGUCAAGUGGAACGAGGUGCCAACGGCAUGGGCGACACGUUGGGACAAGUACUUGCUCGUCGGAGAGCCCAGAAUCCACUGGUUCAGUCUGGUGAACUCGAUCAUCAUUGUUCUCUUCUUGACAGGCAUGGUCGCCAUGGUUCUUCUCCGCGCUCUGCACAAGGAUAUUUCUCGGUAUAAUCAGCAGGAAGCUCAGGAGGACUUUCAGGAGGACUUUGGCUGGAAGCUGGUUCAUGGGGAUAUCUUCCGCACACCCUCCUACCCCAUGUUGCUGUCGAUCAUUGUUGGAAACGGCUCGCAGAUGUUCUUAAUGGCUUCGGUCACGAUCCUGUUUGCGGCUCUGGGAUUCUUGUCCCCCUCGAACCGUGGCUCAUUGGCGACGGUUAUGAUUGUGUUCUACAUGUUCUUUGGCGUCGUUGCUGGAUUCAUCUCUGCCCGCCUCUACAAGAUGUUUGGUGGUGAGGCUUGGAAGGCCAAUGUCAUCGGCACCGCCUUCCUGUUCCCUGCGGUCAUUUUCGGAUCGUUUGUGGCGCUGAACUUUUUCUUGAUUGGAGCCAAGUCGUCGGGAGCGGUUCCUUUUGGCACCAUGGUCGGAUUGAUCGCCCUCUGGUUCCUUGUCUCAACCCCUCUGUCAGUUUUGGGCUCAUACCUCGGAUUCCAGCGCCCCAAGAUCGAGAACCCUGUCCGUGCCAACCAGAUCCCUCGCCAGAUUCCCGACCAGGUCUUCUACCUCCGCCCUAUCCCCUCGAUGCUCAUUGGAGGCAUCUUGCCCUUUGGCGCGAUCUUUAUUGAGCUCUACUUUAUCCUGAACUCGAUCUGGUUCCACAAGAUCUACUACGUCUUUGGUUUCCUCUUCAUGGUCUUUGGUAUCCUCAUCAUGACCUGUGCCGAGGUGACGAUCCUGAUGUGCUACUUCCAUUUGUGCGCAGAGGAUUAUCACUGGUGGUGGAGAGCGUUCUUUACUUCGGGCGCCUCUGCGGUGUACAUCUUCUUGUACUCGGUCAUGUACUACUUUACGACACUCCAUAUCAAGAGCUUCACGUCUGUGGUGCUCUACUUUGGAUGGACGAUGAUCAUGAGCAUCAUGUUCUUUGUUCUUUCUGGAGCCAUUGGAUUCUUCUCGACGUUUGCGUUCGUCCGCAAGAUCUAUGGCAGCAUCAAGAUUGAUUAA